AUGGCGAACACGAAGCGGAGACGCGAAGAAGAUCACGACCCGCCGGAGUCGAAGAAGAGCCAAACAAAUAAGGUCUUCACUGUCGAGAAAUUCAUGGCAGACUUUCCGCCCUUGAAGGGACCUCUGGCGAAGGAAGAUGAGCCGCCGCUGCCUUCCACAGUUCUUGCGGAUGACGAAAUGCAGGAUGUCUCAAAUGGGAGGAAGCCUCCAUUCCGUUCCACCUUCAACAUGCACCUCCCGCUCCAACUCAGAGGCUACGAGUCGGAAGACGCACUGAAUACGCCAUUCAACUGGAUGAAGAAACAGUACUUUCACUGCAUCAUACCUGAGCUAGGCGAGGAGUACGACUUCGCCUAUGAAUCUGACACCUUUUACACGCUACGAGAUUUUCACAACGCGCGAGUAAGAAUCCGAGAGGGCCAGUACCUUCCCGAUUAUAUCAUCUACAGCCUUGCCACUCGCUGGUUGGUGUUGGGAGAAAAGGGUCGCCCGGCAUCUGAUGGCUACCUUGCCCAAGACGAAAUUUUCGUCGCUACUUGUCUCCCGCUGAGCGACGACAAAGAUGCCAUCAGGGAUUACUUCGAGGGAUACUACCUUCGAGAGCUUAGCGCUCAAUACUACAUUCCCAAGAGCAAGUACUCGGUGCAUUUUGUGGGCGAGCCGAAGAAGAGCGAGAGCGAGGACAUCCAACACAUCAAUGUCGGCUCGGUGCUCAUUCGGAACACCAAAACCGGCCGUGUGAUUUAUAUCGACACCGGAGCUCGCACAAGCCGCGAGGGCCGGGCGAGACGUGCGGGCCUUGUGCUGAAGGCCUGGCUACAAUUUCAGAAGCAGAAGACCCCGGACGCCGACCUAGGUCCCAUCAGCAGGUCCGUGCCGUUGAUUCUCGACGUCAAGAGGGAGACGCAUCCAAGCCUGCGGUCACUACACGCCAUAGUCUCAGCAACAUUAUUUCUCAAGCGCCGAAUCACUGACUGGGGCGAAGUCAAGGCCUUCACACUUCGGGGCAAGCCUUGUAGCAAGACCAUGGCAAAAUGGGCAGUGCGAAGCAUCUCGGGCUGGUUGGGUCUGAAUUCACCCAAAACUGUCCUUCCCUCAAAGCCUAGCAGCACGUCUCAGACUUUUGGGCUCAACUACCAGAGAGGAGCUCUCAUGGGCCGCAAGAAGCCUCACAAGGCGUCCAAGCGAAUCGUGUCUGCUAAAAAAGGAAAUCCACCCGUGUACAAUGAUGAGCCCGAUACGGACAACGACGCCGUUUCAGUUCACGAGGACGAUUCGGAUCACGAGGCCAGUGAUAACGAGGGCAGCCUAGCCGAUAUGAGCCAUGGGAGCGUUAGCGGCGACGAAGACACUGACGUUGUGGACCAGUCCAGCGACGAAGACGACGACUCGGACAAUAUCCAAAAUGACGAGUUCGAACCCGAGAGCGACAUGGACUCGGUCGAAGACAAGCCCGCCAAAAAGGCAAGCCCCAAGAAAGUUAACUCCGGCCCUAGCAGUGAGCUUGAUCAGUCCGACGAGACGGAGGACGACGGUGCCUACAGUAUGGAGGCUUACGACGACAUGAUCAGAAAUAAGGGGCCCAGCGGACGGGAGCACAAAAGGGCGAAGGCCAAGAGGGAGAAGUCCGAGAAGGAGGAGCCCAAGAAGAAGCGCCUUGCCAGUGAAGACGUCUUGUCGAAGAAAUCCAAGAACACCCGUCAGGCCAAAGGGGCGGUCUAUGACCGCAACCCCCGUUCUUCAAUUUGA